AUCCUUACUCUCUUCAUCUCGAGAUAUUUCGUCUAGUACGGGCAAGACUUCUGCUACGCAUCGAUUGUCACGGUCCACCGCAGAGAUCUGGCCAAUAUGUCGAUAAAAGUGCAAGUCCCUAUCAUAGCUUUGACGCCAGCCAAGGGGUCAUCGAGGAAACCGCCAUCAAAGUAUUCUGAAUCGGAAAAACAAUCCUUACUGGACAACUUUGACCUGGAGGUGGCAGACCGAACCAAUCGAUUUCGUGAUUCUCUCAGCGCGACAUUGGAGUCCUUUCUCAUUCGACAAGAGACAGAGAUGUUGAAGAUCCCUCGGGAAUUGCGAAACAUGACCCUGGAUCAACUGUCCAAACAUUGGGGAGGAGGAUGGAAAGAGACGAUGCAGCGUAUAGCCAAGGACCGGAUAGAUGCCAGGGAAAAGGAGCAAGAAGCGGAGACCAGAGAUAAAGCGUUGAAUGAAGGUGACAAAGGCAAGAGGAAACGGGGAACCAACCACUCUGUUGAUUCGACGCCGAUUCGAGGGUCCAAGACGGCGAGGAGAGCACAGACUCCAUCCACCAAUCGUAUUCCCUUGGCCCCCUCUUCAGCUUCCAACAAUAGUACCAGCAGGCGGACUGGGUCCUCCCGUCCUAAGCCGUCUGCAUCCACUUCGCUCAAACCGAAAGCUGGACCUAGCUCCCUACCACAGAACCAUCCAUUCAAUCCUUCCCUACCUUUGACUGCCAACUUGAAACUCGGUUCAUCGUCAAAAGUAACACCUCAGGACGACUAUGAAUCAGAAUCAGCGGCGAGCGACAUCUCAUCAGAGGACGAAAGCGAUCUACCUGAUGCAGACGAGUACGAAGCUCGGGUACUGGCCAAGUCUACGUCAAGAUCUACUCGGUCCAAGCCAUCACAAAAAUCCAGCAAGGGAGUACGUCGAGCUCCUUCCCUUAUGUUCCGCCAAUCGAUAGGCGGCAGUGAGACUCUACCUAUAUCAUCCGCUAGCGCCCCUUCAGAAUUUGAAGAUGAGGAAGAUGCCAUCCGGACUAUCGCCCUUGGAAAUGGACGUGAAGUCACAUUCAAUCCGUUUCGGGUCAAUCCGGCUCAGCUCAAGUCGGAGAUUGCGGAAAGUGGGGCAUUAUCUGCCGAGGACCAGGACAGAAUUGCGGCUGAGAUCAAGGAGGAGAUCAUCAAGGCCUUGACCGAAAGAAUGGGCAAGUGGAAGAUCAUGUGAGCGGUUAGACUUGCGUGGAUGGGCUUUCUGCGGCAUGAUUGACUUGUAUGUUGUUCUUUCGCUUGUGUCAUGUACGCGGAUGCAUGCUGUACACUGAG